CAAAAUAAAAACCAUCAAGUUUGUUUAUACAAAAAAGUAAUUUACAAUAUUAUUAAUUAAAAUAAAUUAUAAAAAAAUAAAAAAUGUAUUCAAUUUGUAAAACAACACAUCCAGCAACUGGUGUUGAACAUGCAAUAACAUGUUGUUUUUUUAAUAGAGGUGAAAAAUGUUUAGUUGUAGCUGGUGCAAAUGUACUUCGUGUAUUUCGUUUGAUACCAAACAUAGACCUGACAAAAAAAGAAAAAUUUAUUGAUCCACGUACAACAAGAAUGAAAUUAGAAUGUCUAGGUCAAUAUAGUCUUCAUGGUAAUGUUAUGUCAAUGCAAUCAGUAAGUCUAGUUGGUUCACAAAGAGAUUCAUUACUACUAAGUUUUCGUGAUGCAAAACUGUCAGUUGUUGAAUAUGAUCAAGAUACUCAUGAUUUACGUACAGUAUCAUUACAUUAUUUUGAAGAAGAAGAAAUGCGUGAUGGUUGGACAAAUCAUCAUCAUAUACCAAUUGUUAGAGUUGAUCCAGAAGGACGUUGUGCUGUUAUGCUUAUUUAUGGUAAAAAAUUAGUUGUAUUACCAUUUAGAAAAGAUCCAACACUUGAUGAUGGUGACAUUGAUAUUAAACCAACAACAACAAAUAAAACACCAAUAUUAUCAUCAUACAUGAUUGUAUUAAAAACAUUAGAAGAAAAAAUGGAUAAUAUUAUUGAUUUACAAUUUUUAUAUGGUUAUUAUGAGCCAACAUUAUUAAUAUUAUAUGAACCAGUUAGAACAUUUCCUGGUAGAAUUGCUGUACGUCAAGAUACAUCAGCAAUGGUUGCAAUAUCACUUAAUAUACAACAAAAAGUACAUCCAAUAAUUUGGUCUGUAUCAAAUUUACCAUUUGAUUGUUAUCAAGCUGUACCAGUUAAAAAACCACUUGGUGGUACAUUAAUUAUGUCAAUUAAUUCUUUGAUUUAUCUUAAUCAAAGUAUACCACCAUAUGGUGUAUCAUUAAAUAGUUUAACUGAUACAAGUACUGUAUUUCCAUUGAAACCACAAGAUGGUGUUAAAAUGAGUCUUGAAGGUGCACAAGUUGCAUUUAUAUCAUCAGAUAGACUUGUUGUAUCAUUAAAAACUGGUGAAUUAUAUGUAUUAUCAUUAUUUGCUGAUAGUAUGAGAUCAGUACGUGGUUUUCAUUUUGAUAAAGCAGCAGCAAGUGUAUUAACAUCAUGUGUAUGUUUAUGUGAAGAUAAUUUUUUAUUUCUUGGUUCACGUCUUGGUAAUUCAUUGUUAUUACGUUUUACAGAAAAAGAAGAACAAGAAGAUUUAUUACAAAUUAAACAAAAAAAAAUUAAUAAAGAAAAACAUGAUAAUGAUAUUGAAAUAAUUGAUAUGGAUAAUGAUGAUGAUGAUAAUGAUAAUGGUGAAAAACCAGCUAAAAAAAUAAAAAAAGAUUAUCUUGGUGAUUGGAUGGCAUCAGAUGUAUUAGAUAUUAAAGAUCCAGAAGAACUUGAAGUAUAUGGUAAUGAAACACAAACAUCAAUGCAAAUAACAUCAUAUAAAUUUGAAGUAUGUGAUAGUUUAUUAAAUAUUGGACCAUGUGGACAAAUAUCAAUGGGUGAACCAGCAUUUUUAUCUGAAGAAUUUUCACAUGAAAUUGAUCCAGAUAUUGAGCUUGUAACAACAUCUGGUUUUGGUAAAAAUGGUGCAUUAUGUGUAUUACAACGUACAAUACGUCCACAAAUAAUAACGACAUUUGAAUUACCUGGUUGUCAAGAUAUGUGGACUGUUAUUGGUCCACCAAAUAUAAAUCAACAACAACAACAAAGUAAUAGUAAUAGUAAUAGUAACAAUAAAGAUACUGAUGGUACACAUGGUUUUUUAAUAUUAUGUGAACAAGAUUCAACAAUGAUAUUACAAACUGGUAAAGAAAUAAAUGAAGUUGAUCAUAGUGGUUUUAGUACACAAAGUAAAACAGUAUAUGCUGGUAAUAUUGGUAAAAAUAAAUACAUCAUACAAAUAACUGAAAAUUCAGUAAUACUACUUAAUGGAAAAGAAGAAAUACAAAAUUUAUUAAUUGAUAUUGAUUGUCCAAUAAUACAUGCAAGUGUUGCUGAUCCACAUAUUGUAUUAUUAAGUAAAGAUGGACAAGUUAUAUUAUUAACACUACGUGAAGUACGUGGUACACCAAAUCUUAAUUUACAAAUAUUAGAUUUAUUACCAAGACCACAAAUUGAUAGAUUAUGUUUAUAUCGAGAUGUUAGUGGUUUAUUUACAACAACAUUAUAUGAAGAAUCAGAUAUUGAUAAACAAGAAGAAGCUAAAAUAUUUGAUGAACCAUCAGUUGUUAAUGAUAUUGAUAAUGAAGAUGAUUUAUUAUAUGGUGAUGGUACAAAUUUUCAAAUGCCAUUACCAAAACCAAUUAAAAUACAUGAUGAUUUACCAAAAAAAAAUUCAACAUGGUGGCAUAAAUAUACACUUGAAAUAAAGCCAACAUUUUGGCUUUUAAUAUAUCGUGAAUCUGGUACAUUAGAAAUUUAUUCAAUACCCGAUUUACAUUUAUCAUAUUUAAUACGUAAUUUUGGUUAUGGACAACAAGUAUUACAUGACAGUAUGGAAUCAACAAAUGUUAAUAUUAAUCAAAUAAAUGAAAUACCAAAUUCUGAAUUACAAGUACGUGAAUUAUUAAUGGUUGCACUUGGUCAUCAUGGUAAUCGUCCAAUGUUACUUGUACGUAUGGAUAAUGAAUUACAAAUAUAUCAAGCAUAUAAAUAUCCAAAAGGUAAUAUUAAGCUACGUUUUAAAAAAUUAGAACAUAAUAUAAUACCUGGACAAUUAAAAACAAUAACAAAACAAGAAGAUACACCAAAUGAUAAUAAUAAAAAUGUAUUAUUAAUGCGUUAUUUUAGUAAUAUUGCUGGUUAUAAUGGUGUAUUUAUUUGUGGUGAUUAUCCACAUUGGAUAUUUUUAACUGGACGUGGUGAAUUACGUACACAUCCAAUGGCUAUUGAUGGACCAAUUAAAUCAUUUGCAUCAUUUAAUAAUAUUAAUUGUUCACAAGGUUUUUUAUAUUUUAAUAAUAAAAAUGAAUUAAGAAUUUGUAUAUUACCAACACAUUUAUCAUAUGAUGCACCAUGGCCAGUUAGAAAAGUACCAUUACGUUGUACACCACAUUUUGUAACUUAUCAUGUUGAGAGUAAAACAUAUUGUGUUGUAACAAGUACAUCUGAACCAUUUAAAUCAUAUUAUAGAUUUAAUGGUGAAGAUAAAGAAUUUACUGAAGAAGAUAAAUCAGAAAGAUUUAUUUAUCCAAUACAAGAACAAUUUAGUAUAUGUUUAUUUUCACCAGUAUCAUGGCAAACAAUACCAAAUACUAAAAUUGAAUUAGAUGAUUGGGAACAUGUAACAUGUUUAAAAAAUGUAUCAUUAGCAUAUGAAGGAACAAGAUCUGGCUUAAAAGGUUACAUUGUUAUUGGAACAAAUUAUAAUUAUGGUGAAGAUAUAACAAGUCGUGGUAGAAUUAUGAUAUUUGAUAUUAUUGAAGUUGUACCAGAACCAGGACAGCCAUUAACUAAAAAUAGAUUUAAACAAAUUUAUGCUAAAGAACAAAAAGGACCAAUAACAGCAAUAACACAAGUAUCUGGAUUUUUAGUAUCAGCUGUUGGACAAAAAAUAUAUAUUUGGCAAUUAAAAGAUAAUGAUUUAAUUGGUGUUGCAUUUAUUGAUACACAAAUUUAUAUACAUCAAAUGUUGAGUAUUAAAAGUUUGAUACUUGUUGCUGAUGUUUAUAAAUCAAUUAGUUUACUAAGAUUUCAAGAAGAAUAUAGAACAUUGUCAUUAGUUAGUAGAGAUUUUAGAGCAUCUGAAGUUUAUACUAUUGAAUAUUUAAUUGAUAAUACUAAUAUGGGAUUUCUUGUUGCUGAUGGAGAAAGUAAUUUAGCAUUAUUUAUGUAUCAACCAGAAUCAAGAGAAAGUCUUGGUGGACAAAAACUUAUUCGUAAAGCUGAUUUUCAUCUUGGACAAAAAGUCAAUAGUUUUUUUAGAAUUAAAUGUCGAACUGCUGAUCCAUCUGAUUUUAGAAAACAAUUUACUGGUGCUGAUAGAAGACAUGCUACUAUGUUUGCUACGUUGGAUGGAAGUCUUGGAUAUGUUUUACCAGUUCCAGAAAAAACUUAUCGACGUCUUUUAAUGUUACAAAAUGUUCUUGUUACACAUUUAUCACAUACUGCUGGAUUAAAUCCAAAAGCAUUUAGAACACACAAAAGCCAUAUUCGACUUCAGGGAAAUCCAGCACGUGGAAUUAUCGAUGGAGAUUUGGUGUGGAAAUAUAUUCAAUUACCCAAUAUUGAGAAAACUGAAGUAGCCAAAAAAAUUGGCACAAAAGUACAAGAAAUUGUUGAGGAUAUUAUAGAAAUUGAUAGACAAACAGCACAUUUUUAAUUUUUUUUUUAAACUAAAAAAUUUUAAAAUUAAAAACCAAUUGAAAUUUUUUUAAAA